AUGACGUGCUGCACCUUCGGGUGGGUCAGGGGUAGGAGACUGGGGUGAUGGUUGCCUACUUGUUGGUGGUGCUGGCGAGGAGGGAACUGGGUCUGCAUCCAGUGGUAAAUCGAUGGCUGUCUCUUCGUCGUCGUCGUCAUCCUCGUCGUCCGAAUCAUCAGUAGGUGAUUCCUGGCGCGACGGGACUGAGUGAGGGCAAGCGCGAAAUGGCAAAUAGUAACAUAACACACUUCCUCCGCUUCAGACGCAUCUUCCACGCCGUUCUCGAGAGCACCGAGGAGGUCCUCGUCUAUUUCAUUGUCCUCGUCGCCGUCUGCAUCGGUAGUAUGAGUUUCGAAUUCGAGGUCGUCUAUAGUUUCGCCUUCCGAGUCGCUGUGUGCCAUAACCAAGCACUCGUCCGAAGUUCACACGCAUCCUCCGGACCCCCUUCAUCAAGAUGGUAUUGGCAGACCUGGGACGGAGGCUCAAUGCCGCUUUUCUGUCUCUCAACAGAGCCCCUGUAGUAGAUGAGAAGGUCCUAGACACUACACUGAAAGAAAUUACCGCCGCCCUGCUCGAGGCCGAUGUCAAUGUCAAACUUGUCGCCUCCUUGAGGCAGAAGGUCAAGAUCAAAGUGAAGGCUGCUCUCGAUGCUUCAGAUAAAUCCAAGGAUUCAAACAGGAAGACUUUGAUGCAGAAGGUGGUUUUUGACGAGCUGGUCCAUCUAGUGGAUCCGGGUGUCGAGCCCUAUAAACCAAAGAAGGGCCAACCCAACGUUAUUAUGGCUGUCGGUCUCCAAGGCAAUGGCAAGACUACGACUUGCACAAAACUCGCUGUGUACUACCAGAAACGAGGUUUCAAAUCUUCUAUCGUCUGCGCGGAUACGUUCCGUGCUGGGGCAUUUGACCAAACGCGACAGUCCGCAACUAAGGCGAAGGUGGCCUACUUUGGGUCGUACACUGAAAUGGAUCCAGUCGUCAUCGCCGCGCAAGGUGUUGCAAAAUUUAAGAAGGAGCGAUUUGAUGUCAUCAUUGUCGACACGUCCGGCCGACAUAAACAAGAGUCAGAGCUCUUCCAGGAAAUGGUCCAAAUCAGUGCAGCCGUAAAACCUAAUAUGACCGUACUCAUUCUUGAUGCUAGUAUAGGCCAGGCUGCCGAAGCCCACAGUCGGGCCUUCAAGGAGAGUGCAGACUUCGGUGCCAUAAUCGUCACGAAGAUGGAUGGCCAUGCCAAGGGAGGUGGUGCUAUAUCUGCUGUCGCAGCAACGAAGACGCCGAUUAUUUUCCUUGGCGUUGGAGAACAUCUGUAUGAUCUUGACCGCUUCUCUCCUCAGCCUUUCAUCUCCAAACUACUUGGCUUGGGCGAUAUGCAAGGAUUGAUGGAACAUAUGCAAGAUUUGGCCCAGCAAAAUCCGGACAAGCAGAAGGAGAUGGCCAAGAAGCUCGAGGAAGGCAAGCUCAGCAUCCGAGAUUGGAGAGAACAAAUACAGAACGUGAUGAAUAUGGGUCCGAUCAGCAAGAUUGCAUCUAUGAUCCCUGGCCUUCCGCAAGAGCUCCUUGCAGGCUCGGAUGAAGAAGGGUCGCUGCGCAUGAGACGCAUGAUUUACAUCACAGAUAGCAUGUCUUCCAAAGAACUUGAUUCUGACGGGUCGUUAUUCUGGGAAACAGGAAAAGACGGGAAACCCGUUGGUCUGACAUGGAGAGUUACACGUGUGGCCAAGGGAAGCGGGACCAGCGUUCGCGAGGUCGAGGAACUAUUAUGCCAGUACAGGAUGAUGGCACACAUGGCAAAGCAGGCCGGCGGGAAAAAUGGCUGGUUGCAAGCGAUGCAAAAAAUGCAGAACGUGGCUGGCGGGAGGGGACGCGGUGCGAAUGGCAUACCGACACCCGCACAAAUACAAGCAAUGCAGCGUGCCAUGCCACCUGGUAUGUUGCAACAAAUGCAACGACAACUACGGAGCGGUGGUGGUAUGCAAGAGAUGAUGAAAGCCAUGAUGCAGGGUCAAGGAGACCAAUUCGACAUGGAAGAAAUGCAAAGGAUGAUGAGCCAGAUGGGAGGUGGUCUUGGUGGAUUCCCAGGGCUUGGAGGUGGUAUGCCGAACAUGGCGGACAUGUUCAAAAUGAUGGGCAUGGGUGGGGCCGCUGGUCGGUGACAGCCGGUGACCUCCCACGUUACUGUUCGGGUACUGUAGUGAAAUCUGCUACUGG